CAGAGGAGCUUUAAAAAUAAUAAUAAUAAUAAUCACAGCAGGAUCUGCGGAGCAAAGACAGUAAUAAAAGCAAAAAGCUGAGCCCAUCACACACAAACCCAACAGAGCCCAAAGCCAAAGGGGGGCUUGCACAUCUCUUCCGUGCUCAAGGAGGGAAGAAGCAUGUCCCGUCUGUCUCUAACACGGUCCCCGGUUUCUCCUCUGGCUGCUCAAGGAAUUCCUCUCCCAGCGCAACUCACCAAGUCGAACGCUCCUGUGCAUAUCGAUGUAGGAGGACACAUGUACACCAGCAGCCUGGCUACCUUGACAAAGUACCCAGAUUCCAGAAUAAGUCGCCUGUUUAAUGGCACAGAGCCUAUUGUCUUGGACAGUUUAAAACAACAUUAUUUCAUUGAUCGCGAUGGUGAAAUUUUCAGAUAUAUAUUAAGCUUCCUAAGGACAUCUAAGCUACUGCUCCCAGAUGACUUUAAGGACUUUAAUCUUUUAUAUGAAGAAGCAAAGUAUUACCAGCUGCAGCCAAUGAUUAAGGAACUUGAGCGAUGGAAACAAGAGAAAGAACAAAGGAAACAUUUCCAGCCUUGCGACUGCUUGGUUGUAAGAGUGACUCCAGAUCUGGGAGAGAGAAUUGCAUUGAGUGGGGAGAAAGCUUUAAUAGAAGAGAUCUUCCCAGAGACUGGGGAUGUCAUGUGCAACUCUGUGAAUGCCGGCUGGAACCAGGACCCUACCCACGUUAUUAGGUUUCCUUUGAACGGGUACUGCCGGUUGAACUCAGUGCAGGUGCUCGAAAGAUUGUUUCAGAAGGGAUUCAGUGUGGCAGCUUCCUGCGGUGGUGGGGUGGAUUCCUCUCAGUUCAGUGAAUACGUGCUGUGUCGUGAGGAUAGACGACCACAACCCACCCCAACCAUCAGAAUAAAACAAGAGCCCCUGGACUAGACCCUACCCCCCUACUCCUUUGUAACCGUAUAAGUGUUUAAUAGUUCCUUAUGUGAAACACUAAGAAUUUGGAAAACAGUAUUAGCAAACAGAUUUUGACUUUAAGUUGCCAAUUAGUGGUAUUCUGAAACUACCUGUCACAUAGCCAGCCAUGAAAUGCAUUUGAAAAAACACUUGUCCGUUUUUCACGAUGGAAUUCCUCAAUGUGCUCAGCAUACUAGGCCUGCUGGGGAUGUACUUUGGGCUGAACAGGGGUAGUGGUGGUGGAAAAGGCAAAGCUUCAUCAGCCACUGGCCCUAGGUUGGACUUGUGAAAGAUCAGUUAAAACAAUUUGAAUAGAUCAGCAGGGGAAGCAGUUCCAACAGCCUUUCCAGCUGUACCCCAAUGCUGUGACGCCAUGGAAGCAGGAGCCUCCAAGAGGAAGAUGAUUCCCUAAAAACUGCACUGAGUAUCUUCCCUGACUGCCACACCUCCUUCAUAUCAGAUGUGGUUUACACCUCCAUACAUGACGUGACACUUCUGUGAUUGUACUCGCUCGUACUAGCAAAUGGCUUAUUUUUAUACUACAUUUUCAACAGAAACAUCUCCUUGUGGAUAGAUUCCAGAAUCUGAAAAGGACCAAUUUAUAGUCAACUGGUGCUCUGUACUAAAAAUACCCACACGAAACAAAAAAAAGUGACAAAAAAAUUGACAAGGCCAAUUUUGGCAAUUUUUGCAAAAGUAGGGAUCUGGAAGCACAAAACAAAAUGCCAGCUGCCAUCCCACUAGGAUCGCAUACCCAUCAUGGAGCUGUAGUUCUCUUAAAGCCAGACUUGUUUUGACUCAGAAACUGCUAAGUUUGGCAUCAUCAAAGCAGCAUGGUUCUGCCAAGCAAGCUCUGCCAUCCCUUGUUAAUCAUUACUGACCAUGUUGUAAGCCUACAUUUAGGAGGAAGUGUUAAGAAUCUUAGACUAGCCUACUGGUUUUGCAAAAUUACUAUUAUUUGUAAUUUUGCAAAACUAUGUUAAACCCCUCUCUACUGCCCGAUGAGAGCCAGACAUGCUUGUUUAGAUUCGUUUCCCUCUUACUUUAAACUAUUAUUAAAACACAGUUUGGUAGCUGCCCCCUACCUGUAAUUUUGUCUAUCAAAGCAGGCUGUCUGCAGGAGGUGACCGCUCCUUCCAUAAAUUGUAUCAACUCUGACUCACAGGACUUCCUAACUCAGGAGACAGCAUCAGGUCUGCAGGUGCAAGGUUAUAAAUAGCAUUCUGCUAAAUCCUGUUGAUUGCUGUUUGGCAUGAUUGGGUCCUCAGUAACUAAGUCAUGUGUUAAUCACAGUUUAGUUUCUCCCACAUUAAUUUAUAGAAUACUGUUGUAGAUGCUGAAUUUUAAUGAAACUCUUCUUAGAUGCAUAAAUACAGCCAGAUAGAACAAGGGACAGAGUAUGAAGUGGUCAAAAAUUCCUUAAUGCCAAUUGAUCACAAUCAGGCAAAAUGAAAAAAGAAUCAUUUUUUAACACUAAUAUAAUGAGCUGUACUGACUGCCCAAGGGACAAUCUAGGCAGGGGUCUAAUUUUUGGAAGAGGGCUGGAUACCUGUCCAUGGAAAAUCAGACCUCUGCAGGUUUCCUCACCUUGAUUGCCCAACUCAGCAAUCUCGCAGUCAGUCAGUGUUAGCCUGCUAGCUUAGCCAAACAGUUUGAGCACAUCUGUCUACUUCAAAAGAGUUGUAAAGUUAUUUUAUUUUGUGGUUUUAUACUUGUAUGACAUUCUAAAGUUGCUAGGCAUUGCCAUAUCUGAAUAUAUGGCACAACAUUCACCGUUGUAUGUAAGAUAUCUGUAGAAUUGUAUAUUAUACAUUUAAUAUUGUAAAGAACUUAACGUAUAAUUGUCAUGUAUUUGUGUAUGCACAUUUCUCAUACAGUAGUUCAUGCCAUAAACAUUUCUGUAAAGUAAGUGAUCAAAAAUAAGCAAGUAGGGUGGAACACUCACUGCAUCUCCCAUGUUUAAAAGACGUGAGAGUUUUCGAUUGCAUCACCUCUGGCCUUUGCUCCAUUCAGCUCAAUGUAGCCAGGUCUUACAAAGAGGAAGAAAAAGUGUUUUAUUUAUUACUUUCAUACAUUGAAUUCACUUUGAGUUCAGAGUAUCCUUAAAUAAGCUGUUUAGCUUCUUGUUUUAAUCCUGCAUACACUUAAUGUCUUGCCCUCCUGGACAGGGAGGUUUGUGGUUGGUUGUUUUUUCUUCAGAUUGAUGUUUUUUACCCUGUGUUUCUUUAGAGCUCAAUAAAGCAGCUCUAGUGAUUUGGGCAGCUUGCUAAGGUGGCAUUGGAAAGGGUUCCAGGCUGCGCCAGCCAAGUUAAAUGUGAACUUGAGAUGGAAAGUUUGAGCCAUGACAUCACAGCAUUGACUGCAAAAUAGCACUAAGGCAAAGAAGACAUGUGGAAACAAUCACUUGGAUAGAAGAAAUACGCCUUUAAAAAAAAGUUAAGCUAGGACAUGUUCUUUUAGUUAGUAACUUCAGGUCACUUAUUUAAAGUUUAUUACAGUUUCUUUUAUAUCUUUUUUUACUUAUUUCCCUAUAUUUUUAGGCAGCAAUAGCAGCAAAAACUGAUACGAAUUUUUACUUCUGGCCUUAGACCGUAGCAACAUAACUUAAGAACAUUGCUCAGCAUUGCUAAAACGGGUUUUAGAACACCCCAGCAAGCCCAGCGAAGGCUAAAAAACCAUGGAGGCCAAGAAGCAAACGUAGCCAGGCUUCUCGCCCAACUCAGCUGCACAAAACAGUCCCAAUUCUCCAUUGCUGAGACCUGAACCUGUGGCUGGAAGAACCUGGGUCUUCACUAGCACUUCCCAUACACUUCCCACCGCUGUGCUCCUGUGUCUCGGAAGGAACGCGAGAGAGAAAAUGUUCUGUUGUGCUUCUCAAACUGACAACUGCUGAGUGUGUUCAUUCACUGUAUUAACAGCAUCAAGGUUUGAUGACAAUUUUAUUAGACGUUUGGCAAAGGAUAAGGAUCAGCACAACAAAACACUGAAGUAUUUGGGUUUAAUAUUUCUUUGAGGGUAUUCUGUUAAUACUUUAAUGCAAAAUGUUCCUGAACAGUGCUCAAGAACGACAAGACAAUGUGAAUUCCUGUUUGAUAAAUUAAUACUGUAUGUUACUCGAUGUGUUACUUUAGUAAAUUGUUUUAUUUCUUUAUAAAAUAAGUACAAAUAAGGGAGUAUGUUUUCACACAAGUUGGGGAUAUUUACGAAUAUGUACAUAAAUCAUCAAAAUAACGUAAUUCUAAUAAACACAAGGCCUUUAUAAACAACAUGUACAAAUUAUCAAUAAAUUUAAAACAUAAUUUUA